AUGACUGUCGGCAUUACGACUCCAGUGGAAACAGCAGCUGGAUUUGCCUUUGGCGCCAAAAGGGCCAUUGUUGCCAAUGCGCUGGGAAAGAUUGGUGGAGCCCUUACCGCCUUCUUCUUGGGACGAUUCAUCUUUUACGACACGGUACGCAGAGAACUCAAAGAGAACGAGUUUCUUCAGCUGGUCGAAGAAAGCGUCACUGAAAACCCGUUGCUGGUAGCAUUGAUGGUUCGGUUGUCACCCUUGCCCGAACCAAUCAAGAAUCUUGGGAUGAGCGUGCUGAGUAUCAAGUCAAGGUAUUUUGCCUUGUCCGUGUUGCUCCAUGGUUUUCCUUUCACGUGCUUGUGGUCUUUCAUGGGUGCGGAAACCGCCAAAGUAGUAACCUUGGGUGCAGCUCCCAGCUCAACUCUGAAAGUCAUGGUCUCGGCGUCAACUUGGUUUGGAGUUCUGCUUUCACCUACACUCAUUGGAUGGUGGGUAAAAUCCUUACGCGACAAAAGAGCCAAGCGCCAGGCUGGAGAGGGAAAGAACAGUUCAUAA